AUGGGCAUCUCUGCUCAGCAUUCAAAUUCUGAGACUUCUGGCGACGAACUUCCUGGAGACUAUCGUGAUGUCCUGUUCAAUCCUACCGCGCGCACAAGGCGUAAACGACUGCUUCUGUACCAUACGCCGAUAUACAGGUACUACCUCGUACCACGGAACAGCCUUCGAAACAAGGUCAUCGUCGAAAGACCGUAUCCAGGCCAUGCGCCAAUUGUACACACUUAUCCGUUCUCAACACUUGGCCCUAUCAUCAGCCACGUUCGACCUCAAUAUGCCAUAUGGGGCACUGUCAUGAAAUGGGAUACCUUCAGUAGCCCUGAAGACGAGGACAUGCGUCCCGCUCUCCGCCAAAUACUCGCGUUAAAUGCCCCAGAGCUUGGAGACAGGGGUGAUAAAGCACUCAUCUCACUAUUGUUGUCUGUCUACGACUACUGGAACGCUAAAGAGCCCUUUCCUAAAUUCUUUUCCCAUACUCGAGCGACGCGGCGUUUCCAUGCAACCUACGGGGUUCCACCCGCAGUGGAUGAUCAUCAGGAAGCCUAUUUCUCUGGCGAAGAGUCUCAUGGUUUGGAGCAAACCUCGGUUGACGUAGAACAAGUGGCACAAUGGUGUAUGGAGUCGGACCGAGCAGCUCAUGAAUCAGGGGGAUGGGAGACGUGUCUUCUGAAUGACGAACAAUUCGCCGAUUGCGCCUCAGCCUCAGUUUCGGAGAGUGUGCUGCCUCCUCUGACAACCAAUUACUGGUGUAAAUGGCGAGCUUCGUGGAAACACCCGCGAGGCAAGCGCUUCAAAACAUCACGGUUCUCGAGUAACGACUGGGCGGCUCUCGAGCAUCACAUGUACCUGCCAACAGCGUCAUUGUAA